UACAGUGGCCAGUGGUACGAGACAGCGCGGUACCGUCAGCGCGACGACUCCGGGUACACCCGUGGCCGGGCCAGCUACACCCUCCCCUCCGACGACGCCGGAUUCCUCCGGUGCAGCAACGUGGCCAAGUGGACGAACAGCAGCCUGUACCGCACCUCCGUCACCGCCCGCGCCGACAACCCGGCCCACCCGGCCGACAUCACCGUCCGGUCCGGCUGGACCGUCAUCCGGAAGUACAAGAUCGUCCGCACCGACUACGUGCAGUCGGCACUCAUCCACACGUGCCACAGUGUGCUGGCGGUGCUGGGCGUGGAGUAUGCGUGGGUCCUCUCCCGCACGCCGCAGCUGGACAAGAGCGUGGUGGAUGAGGACAUCCAGGUGCUGGCGGACACCGGGUCCAACACGAGCCUGUUAUCGAUGACGUCGCAGGACUGCGGCAGCUUCUUCUGA